AUGGCUCACAUAGACCCUCACAUAGUCCCUCACAUAGUCCCUCACAUAGUCCCUCACAUAGUCCUUCACAUAGUCCCUCACAUAGUCCCUCACAUAGUCCCUCANUUCUCUAUUACUUCUACUAGCAUUUGCCCACCUACUGAGAACUUGACUGUUCGCAGCUUCUCUAUUACUCCUACUAACAUUUGCCCUCCUACUGAGAACUUGACUGUUCACAGCUUCUCUAUUACUUCUACUAGCAUUUGCCCACCUACUGAGAACUUGACUGUUCGCAGCUUCUCUAUUACUCCUACUAACAUUUGCCCUCCUACUGAGAACUUGACUGUUCACAGCUUCUCUAUUACUUCUACUAGCAUUUGCCCACCUACUGAGAACUUGACUGUUCGCAGCUUCUCUAUUACUCCUACUAACAUUUGCCCUCCUACUGAGAACUUGACUGUUCACAGCUUCUCUAUUACUUCUACUAGCAUUUGCCCACCUACUGAGAACUUGACUGUUCGCAGCUUCUCUAUUACUCCUACUAACAUUUGCCCUCCUACUGAGAACUUGACUGUUCACAGCUUCUCUAUUACUUCUACUAGCAUUUGCCCACCUACUGAGAACUUGACUGUUCGCAGCUUCUCUAUUACUCCUACUAACAUUUGCCCUCCUACUGAGAACUUGACUGUUCACAGCUUCUCUAUUACUUCUACUAGCAUUUGCCCACCUACUGAGAACUUGACUGUUCGCAGCUUCUCUAUUACUCCUACUAACAUUUGCCCUCCUACUGAGAACUUGACUGUUCACAGCUUCUCUAUUACUUCUACUAGCAUUUGCCCACCUACUGAGAACUUGACUGUUCGCAGCUUCUCUAUUACUCCUACUAACAUUUGCCCUCCUACUGAGAACUUGACUGUUCACAGCUUCUCUAUUACUUCUACUAGCAUUUACCCACCUACUGAGAACUUGACUGUUCGCAGCUUCUCUAUUACUUCUACUAGCAUUUGCCCACCUACUGAGAACUUGACUGUUCGCAGCUUCUCUAUUACUCCUACUAACAUUUGCCCUCCUACUGAGAACUUGACUGUUCACAGCUUCUCUAUUACUUCUACUAGCAUUUGCCCACCUACUGAGAACUUGACUGUUCGCAGCUUCUCUAUUACUCCUACUAACAUUUGCCCUCUUACUGAGAACAUGACUGUUCACAGCUUCUCUAUUACUCCUACUAGCAUUUGCCGAACUACUGAGAAAAGCAACCCCAGUUACCUGUCUCGGCUGAGCUCGGACGAGAAAACUCUUUUAACGCCUAAUGAGUUUG